AUGGCGAUGAUCUUUCUUAGCCUCCCUUUCCAUGACCUGCUCCGGUGCCAGCAAGUCUGCCAUUCUUGGAACGACCAUAUCUUGGGAGAGAAAUCGAUGCAAAAGCGCAUGUGGAAGGUCUGCGUUGAGGAGAAUGAGAACCCUCAUUUCGACGAACCGUCUGCAUUAGCUCGCAACAUCAUACUUGAGGAUGGCCGGAACGCGGGACUGCCUGCCCUAGAGACUUCGCAAACCGUUAUCGACACCUUUCUCGAGGCUUACCCUACCACAGGAGAUUUGCCAGGGUCAGACCGGGAUUUCCUACGCUAUCUCCACGGUCUUAAUGACGCAUGCAGUGGUGCUCCCGACAUAAACGAUGCUGGCGAUUGGCCUACGGGCUGGCACGAACUCUACUGCCACGAAUGCGAAGAAUACCAUACCAAGUUCCGGUUCGAGAAUGUGCAUCCGCUCUUCCGGUUCUUAGAAGACACACCUCUCUGUAUCACCGGAUCUAGCUCUCGCUUGAUCGUCAAGCUCAAGCUCGUGCAUUCGGAAUUUGCGCCCGCAAGCUGUUAUGACCACUACUGCGCUGGAAUCAUCGGACUCGCCAAAAAUCUGGAGAAAGCCUACCACGCCAUGGACAAAGGAAAACUGAAGGGCGACAUGUUCACCUGUCCGUGGUGCACCAUGUUGGUGGCCCGGGUAGCUACUGCACCGAUCGAACGCACGAUCGCCUCUCGGAACCCCCUCGGGCUAACGGUGCAAGAAGCACUAAAAUUACUAGUGCAGCUUUUUUGGGAGGAGCUACAGGAGCUGGCGGAUAGCAACAAAGUGACCAGUAUCACCUGCUUGCUGCGUAGCGCCCAGGAUCCAAGACAUUUCUGGAACAACCCGAACAUAGACAUCGUCGGCCGCAGCUUAUCGCAUCGGAACGAAGGAGAUUGGGAAAGGCAUCUCAAGACACUUCCUGCCAUUCUUGAGCAGUUCGAGAGGGCGGUGCGGGAUGCAGAUGCUAUUAUGAGGCCGAUACCGGAGUGGAAGGGCAUACCUUGA